AAGCUAUAAAAAAAAUACAGAUAUAUACUACAGAUAAUAUUCCGCAGCGUCCCAGUCAAGCAGUCUAGGCGCUUCUGUGUUGUGACAGCUUUUGCUCUGCGAGUAUUAUUCGGUGUGUUUGCUAUACAGAAAUCGAAAUGGCUGGUCCUGUGAAGAUUCCUGAUUGUGUAAUGGAGGCUGGAACUUCCAGCGAAGAAUCUGAUUCUAUGGAUUAUUCUGUAGCUUCUAACAGCGAUCAUGCAUCUCCUGAAGAUGAGAGCAAUCAUGAUUCUUCUGAAGUGCGAGACGAACACCAUGCACUAGCUUAUGAAAUAGUUAGACGCAAGUUAAUUGAAACUGGCCAAAUGGAAAGAUUGAAAGAAUUGAUGGAACGUCGUCUUUUGGAAGUUGGAUGGCGUAGUCGAAUGCUGGGAAAGUGUCGUGCUAUUGCCCUGAGAACUGGUCAGAAUACUACAUAUGAAAUGCUGUAUCAACCACUGAAAGAUGAGGGAAAAGAUAUGAUUCCUUCAAGCGUCAAGUAUGAUUUAUUGCAAAAGAUAGUGUGCAGCUACGAAACUGCAAACAGGAUGAAUUGAAAUAACGUGAAUGCUUGAAGUUCCCAUAAAUGUUUUCUUUUAACAAGUGGUGUGAAUUUCCAAAGAUAAAAUGAUUCUAUUAUCCUGUGAUUUUACCUGUCCUGUGGUGUUUCAUAUCCUCUUCGUUUCUUUUUAAAAUUGGAAAAAAGAUAUUUUAAAGGGGAACUUUCAAGCAUCAUUUUGCAUUCUUGGAUAUAUGUCAUCUCUAUGGAUAUAUUUAUUAUUGUAUUAUUUGCUACUUUCUUUCAUUGUUUCCCUUUAUGGAUGUCAUUAAAUUAGUCCAA